AUGGCACAACCCGAUUUCAGUUGGAUGGUUCCCAUCGAAGUGAUGCUGGGUUCCCUCUUCCAUGGUCAAGUCCAAGCUUGCAGCAUCUCAAGCGUCACAGAGGAGCUUCGAGGCCCAAACGAAGCAGCUUUCAAGCCAAAAGAGGUCUCCAUAGGACCCUUACACAGAGGAAUCACCAGACACCUGCAACUAAUGGAAGAGACCAAGUGGCGUUACAUGCGGGAGUUUCUCGACAGAAGAGGAACGGAAGAACAAAACAGAAGAUCAGAGCAAAGGCUCAGAGAGUGCGGCACAGACAUCCUCAAAUUGGACAAACUAAUCAUCGCAAGCUACGGAGGUAACAUCGAAUCAGAACCUCACGAGUUAGCUAAGAUAAUGAUAGUAGAUGGGUGUUUUUUGCUGGAGCUCCUUAUGAGACUAGGUGAUAAUAGUAGCAACCCGAAUGACCCAAUAUUACAAAACCAAGAGAAGGUGGUGUCUGUUAUUAAUGAUAUCACAAUGUUGGAGAACCAAGUUCCCUUCAUUGUGCUCAAGAAGUUGUUUAGGAAGGUUUUUCCUGAUCGCAGUGACAUCAACAGUGAUCACCGUGUUGCUAAUAUUGUUCGCAGGGCUUUCGGUUACCCUGAGGUGAAUAACUCUGGUGGCGUACACAUUCUUCACUUGAUGCACUUGUCCACAGUGGAACAGACUCAGCAAGAGGGUAAACGCGUGAAGCAGGAGCUUCUGAGAUGCGCCACGAGGCUUCACGCUGCUGGAAUAACGAUUGAAGCUGCAGACAUCACUCAUCGCCAUGAAUUGGUUGAUUGGUUCAACUUUGACAUUAGUUUUAGUGGCAGUGUGCUAAGAAUUCCACCGCUGUACGUGAAGGAAACAACAGAAGUGAGGUGGAGGAACUUGAUUGCGUGGGAGCAGAGCAGAAUUUGGAUCAGAUGUAAGUACACUUCAUAUGCAUUGUUCUUCCAAGGCUUGGUUUGUUGUAAGCAUGACAUUGAGCUGCUAGAGGAGAAAGGGGUGAUAGUGAAUAGGGCUAGGAAGAGCAAGGAUGAGUUGUUGGAUCUGUUUAACACGAUUUCUAAGGGAGCAGAGUACAUGGAUUCCAGCUAUGAGGAUAUUUGUGAUAGAUUGAACAAGUUCCAGGGGAAGAAAGUCAGAACUGUAUUGCAAAAAGUUCCUAUUGUCACUUGGCAUGGCUGCAGAGGGGUUUAUGAGGUUGUAGUUUACUACUGCAGAAACUGGUACAGAAUUUUGAUACGUGAUCAUAUCCCCACAGUGUGGAAAUUUAUAGGAGUGUUAGCAGCGGUUGUGCUCCUUGUUCUCACAAUUAUGCAGACCUAUUAUUCAUCCCGACAAAAAAACUGA